GGACAACCCAAGUCUUGGUAUUGCAUUCCUCCAGAACACGGCAAACGACUCGAACGCUUGGCUAAUGGAUUCUUCCCCAGCAGUUACAAACAGUGUCCAGCAUUUCUUCGCCACAAAAUGACACUAAUAUCACCGCAAGUGCUGAAGAAGUAUUCGAUUCCAUUCAAUAAGAUUACACAAGAAGAGGGAGAGUUUAUGAUAACGUUUCCGUAUUCAUACCACGCGGGCUAUAAUCAUGGCUACAAUUGUGCCGAAUCGACCAAUUUUGCACUUCCGCGUUGGGUUGAGUUCGGCAAACGCGCCGUCAGAUGUCUCUGCCGUUCGGAUUCCGUUCAGAUAAAUAUGGAAGCGUUUGUCAAGAAGUUUCAGUCCGACAGAUAUGAACUGUGGCUUCAGGGGAAGGACAUCGGACCCGAUCCUAAAGACACGAGUCAUGUGUGCGCCGCUCCCGCGCCCUCCACUUAUGAAAGGGAUAUUAUGUCCAAAUUUAAAAAACACAAACGACAUCCACCGCACAAAAAGGACUUCUCGUCUGAUACUGAAGAGUAUAAUAGCGACGAUUGCGAAGACGACUGUCCGCAACAGUGGACGCCUCCCACAAAAGCUGCCCGAAAAAUGUUUGAAACGACCGAAGAAAGCGUUGAAAUGAAUUCUGUAAUAUCGGCGCCGAGUAUUUCAUCGAUGAGUGCGGACGCCAUCUCUUCUAUGCCUAAACCGCCGACUAUUUCCGAAACCAUUCAUCGAUUGCAUCAAAAUCUCAACUCUUCUGCCGAUAAAAAUAAAGAUAAGAAACGGAAG